CAACGCAACAUACGAUUUUUUUUUUGGGGGGGGGACGUUAAAACGACUGGCGGUUCGUUAUCUAAACGUCAUUACCGAGCGUUUUAGGGUGUUUCCAUCCCGUUUGCAAUGCUGAUUGAAUGUCUUGUCUGUCCAUCAACUCGUCCCCGGGAUGAUACUGCAGAGAGAGUGCCGCUAGCUCGGUAGUAGCAUUGGCGUUAAACGUGGAUGACGGCAACUGUACACCGGAACGUCCUAUCAUCCGGACCACAGAAGAAUCAGGUGUCAUCAUUGAAUCAGUAAGAUGCAAGAUAACCGUACAGCCAACUAGAUACUCUAAUACAAACGUAUCGUAUUUAGCUUCUUGUACAGUGAUGUGCACUAUAGGUAGCUAGCUUGCUAGAAUAAGCUGCUGACAAAAAAUGCCAUUGCAUUUGCGUUGGACAGUUCGACGACAGCCAAAGGGGCCUCUUCCAAGGGACGACACUCCAUCCUUGUUACAAGAAGAUAAUUGACGUCGCCAAAAACAUGAGUCGUUACUGCACCCUGAACAACAACUUUCCCAAUGACAACAACCUCCUGGCCCUGGACAUGGUGCUGAGCUCUCUCUGGAGCAUUCCACAGCCCAUCAACUGGGACAACGUGGCCAUGCUGGUCCCUGGCUUCACACCCAAGGAGUGUGCGCAGAGGUUCGAGGAGCUGAAGAGCACCGGAGGGUUCCAUCACGUGGACGACCAAUGCAACGCGCUGACGGCAGGAGGCUCCUCCCCUGUGGACUACAUCAAAUCCACACUAUUGGACACCACGGGAGACGUGGGGGAGACGCGGACCAAUCAGAGCUCCAUCUCAGUGACGGGCCUGGCAGUGGACCCCUCAAGAGGAAGCUCGGUGGAGAAGGAGAGCAGGGAGUCUGCAGAGGAGGGCGAGAAGCCCCAGGAGGGGAAAGGGCCCAACAUGGUGAUCCACGUGUGUGACGAGGCUAAGAACCUGAAGCAGGACUUCAUGUGUCCCCGUGACCUUCUGAUCAACGAGAUGCGUUACUUUGCUGAGUACCUCUCUGUUGACACCCAGCGCUGGGAGGAGGUGGACAUCUCUGUGCACUGUGACGUGCAGAUCUUCGACUGGCUCAUGAACUACGUCAAGAGGCACAAAAUGGCCGUCGAUGGCAACAAUGACAAACCCAAGCUCGAGCCCAGCAAUGUGAUCUCAAUCCUCAUCUCCUCCGAGUUCUUGAAGAUGGACACGUUAGUGGAGGAGUGCAUCCAGUACUGUCACAAGCACAUGAGUGCCAUCGUGGCCACACCCUGCAACAUGAACUGCAUCAACAGUAACCUGGCAGCGGACAUGUCUGACCUCUUCAGCCACAACGAGGCAGACGACAUCACGGACAGAAAAGACAAGUUCAAAAGUAAGUUAUUCCAGAAGAAAAUAGAGAGUCUCUUCGAUCCUGACUAUAAGAACCGGGACUCCCCAGGCAACGCAUCAUCUCUGUACAGGUGUGGUCUGUGCCUGAAACUGCUGACUAAGGACACAGAGCGGAAGAUCUCCUGCAUCCCAGGGAAGAUCAACAUCAACCCUCGAGGAGACAUCACCUACACUCACAGCAGGCUGAAGAGAUGGGAGGUCCAUGAUCUAUCACUACCUCUGGUCUGUAGGCAGAAGAGAUGGGAGGUCCAUGAUCUAUCACUACCUCUGGUCUGUAGGCAGAAGAGAUGGGAGGUCCAUGAUCUAUCACUACCUCUGGUCUGUAGGCAGAAGAGAUGGGAGGUCCAUGAUCUAUCACUACCUCUGGUCUGUAGGCUGAAGAGAUGGGAGGUCCAUGAUCUAUCACUACCUCUGGUCUGUAGGCAGAAGAGAUGGGAGGUCCAUGAUCUAUCACUACCUCUGGUCUGUAGGCUGAAGAGAUGGGAGGUCCAUGAUCUAUCACUACCUCUGGUCUGUAGGCAGAAGAGAUGGGAGGUCCAUGAUUACAUGACAGAACUGUAUGAGGAGCUGAAGUCCUGGGUGUUGGUCUACUGGAGGAUCUGGGGAACCAUCAACCACCUCACCUGCUCCCACUGCCAACAGGUGUUUGUGUGUGCGGAGCUGUCCCACUGUCGGUAUCACCCAGAGGUUGUGUUGUACCCAGGCAUGGGGACAGAGCAGGGCUGGCACGGGACGGGCAUCUACCCCUGCUGCAACCAGAGGACGCUACGCUUUGACCCCACCGGCAUGCCCAAGGGCUGUAAGAUGCGGGACCACAUAGUGAAUGUGUCAGACAGUGGAGACUGUACCGGGGACCACCAGGUGAUCUCAGCCCAGACCAGACUGCUCAACGACCUGCUACUACACAGAGAGACGGUGUGUGUACCCAACACACCCCUACCAGAGACAGGGCCUGGAGACUCCCCCUCCAGUGGUUCAGAGAGGGGGGAGCGGCUACUGGACUGUGACAUCCUGGUAGAGCCGGGCCUUCUGGGACUUCAGAGAGGAGAGGGCACCACUUUUUCCCUGUUGAAAAACUGGAGCCGGCAACUGAGGCAGCAGACGCUGCUGUCUGAGGAUGAGGAGUAUACCACGGGGUCAGAGGUCACUGAGGAUGAGGUGGGGGAUGAAGAGGAGGCCAGCAAGAAACAAGCUGCUAAGAAGGCCAAGAAGUUGAGCAAACCUUUGAAGAGGCAGAUGUCCUCACCCAAUUUCCAUCGCAAAGAGAAAGCAGUGGAGAAAACCCCUUCGAGGGACAACACUCCAUUCAGAGUGAGUGCCCAGAAGAGUAAAUGGGACAGCUCUCGCUCCAUUCGCUACAACCAAGACGCCCAAAGAGAGGAAGGUACACAGGCCUCAGUUAACUUUGUGUGUUCAGAUAGUUGUGUGCAAUCUAAUUGUUCUCUCUUUCUCUCACCCCCUCUCUCUCUCACUCUCUCUCACCCUCUCUUACCCUCUCUCUCUCUUUCUCACCCUCUUACCCUCUCUCUCUCUUUCUCACCCUCUCUCUCUCACCCUCUCUCUCUCACUCUCCUCCACCCUCUCUCUCUCACCCUCUCUUACCCUCUCUCUCUCUUUCUCACCCUCUCUUACCCUCUCUCUCUCUUUCUCACCCUCUUACCCUCUUUCUCUCUCUCUCUCUCUCUCACCCUCUCUCUCCCCCUCUCACCCUCUCUCUCUCACCCUCUCUCUCACCCUCUCUCUCUCACCCUCUCUCUCACCCUCUCUCUCUCACCCUCUCUUACUCUCUCUCCCUCUCUCACUCUCUCACUCUCUCUCUCACCCUCUCUUACCCUCUCUCUCUUUCUCACCCUCUCUCUCUCUCUCACCCUCUUACCCUCUCUCUCUUUCUCACCCUCUCUCUCACACCCUCUCUCACUCUCCUCCACCCUCUCUUACCCUCUCUCUCACCCUCUCUCUCACUCUCCUCCACCCUCUCUCUCUCACCCUCUCUUACCCUCUCUCUCUCUCACCCUCUCUCUCUCUCUCUCCUCCACCCUCUCUCUCUCACCCUCUCUUACCCUCUCUCUCUCUCUCUCUCUCACCCUCUCUCUCUUACUCUCUCUCUCUCACCCUCUCUUACUCUCUCUCUCCACCUCUCUCUCUCUCUCCACCUCUCUCUCACUCUCUCUUUCUCUCACCCCCUCUCUUUCUCACCCUCUCUCUCACACCCUCUCUCUCUCUCUCUCUCAUACACUCUCUCUCACACCCUCUCUCUCUCUCAUACACUCUCUCUCACCCCUCUCUCUCUCACCCCCUCUCUCUCUCUCACCCCCUCUCUCUUUCUCUCACCCCCUCUCUCUCUCUCUCUCAUACACUCUCUCUCCCACCCCCUCUCUCUCUCACCCCUCUCUCUCUCACCCCCUCUCUCUCUCUCACCCUCUCUCUUUCUCUCACCCCCUCUCUCUCUCUCUCUCAUACACUCUCUCUCCCACCCCCUCUCUCUCUCUCACCUCUCUCUCUCUCACCCCCUCGCUCUCUCUCACCCUCUCUUACCCUCUCUCUCUCUCUUACCCCCUUUCUCCCUUUCACCCUCUCUCUCUCUCUCACACUCUCUCUCUCUCCCUCCCUCCAGACCAGCGGCGUAUGGUGGAGAUCAUUGGUCAUCUGACUAAGAUUAGGUUCGGAGAUCAGGAACAGAGGAAGUCCAAGGACACUAAAGACCGUGCAGCAGGGAUCUACUCCAGGCUAGAGGCCCAGUUCAAGUCCUCCUCCCAGGCCAGGGGACGACAGAGUGGCCCUGAGAAGACCCUCAGAGUGAAGCCACGCUUCAGCCAAGCUCGAACCACAUAGAUAUUGGAAAGAGGAGGCGGGAAGGAGGAAGACAAGAGGGAGAAGAGGAGGGAAGGAGGAAGACAAGAGGGAGAAGAAGAAGAAGAAGAAGAAGAAGAGGAGGAGGGAAGGAGGAAGACAAGAGGGAGGAGGGAAGGAGGAGGGGGGAAGGAGGAAGACAAGAGGGAGGAGGGAAGGAGGAAGACAAGAGGGAGAAGAGGAGGAGGAGGGAAGGAGUAAGACAAGAGGGAGAAGAGGAGGAGGAGGGAAGGAGGAAGAAGAGGAGGAGGGAAGGAGGAAGAGGAUGGAAGGAGGAAGACAAGAGGGAGAAGAGGAGGAGGACAAGAGGAUGAAGGAAAAGAGAGGAAGAGGGAGGAAAUCAGUGGAGCAAAAUGGGUCCUGAUGGGUCCUGGCAACCUGGCAGCAGCUCACCCUCUCAACCCCAUCUUGCUCCACUGUGCCCCUGUUAAAUAAUAUUAUUCAUAAAGAGCCUAAGAGUAGGAGUGCUGAUCUAGGAUCAGUUUGUCCUCUUAGAAUAUACUGAAUGCACAGGGGAGACCUGAUCCUAGAUCAGCCCUCCUCCUCUGAGAUACUUGAUAGAUACAGGCCCUGGUCCUGCAUUGGUCGUCUUUAGUUCAGGAGGCCUUUCUAGCCCACUUAGAACCCAGUCCAGCCCGUCAGCCUGACUCAGGUGACUUUGUAUCGAUCACAUCUCCUCCCACCUCCCAUUAACUCUAUAUUACAAUGCAAUAGGUCACCUAGCUCUAAAUCUGUAUGCCAUAGAAUAUAAUAGACUUUAACAUAGAAGCUACCUUGUGGUGAGUAAUAGGAGUGGUGAGCAGUAGGUAGAUGAUGGUGAAUGAAAUGCCCGUUGUUUCUAUUUCUAUAUCUGUCUGUGUUGGCCGUAUCGCACACUACUGGGACUAAGAGGACAUGGGUGGACGAGGCAGUCAUAAAUAAAAGUUACAUUCCCACCA